AUGAGUGGCCGAGGGCAGAUGGUGGUAAUGAACCAUUGUAGCCCAGGUCAGAUGCUCCACUCCCUGCCUCCUGGCCACCCUGACUCCAGUCCAGAGACCCACUACUACACCACAUCCUCUAAGGAAAACUCAGAGCAGAGCUACUCAAUGGGAAAAGCUUCUCAGUCCUACCUGCCCUCUAUGAGCCUGCCUCCCAUUGGGCCCAACCACAGCCUCCUUUCCCCCAACCAUCUGGUCUUCUCUGGUCCUCCUGGCUCUGGAUACAGCUACAACCACAUGCCUGCACCCUACUUCUCACAGUACCACCAGUAUCCUGAGUAUCCUGACUCCCUAUGUCUGGUCCCUGAUGGUCAGUCCACGGCAAGCAGUGUCUUACGUCUCAGUGGAUCUCUAUGGGACUCCAAAUCCAAGAAGCCCUGCAACUGCACUAAAUCUCAGUGUCUCAAACUUUACUGUGACUGCUUUGCUAACGGCGACGUCUGCAGCAACUGCAACUGCAUCAACUGCUGCAACAACAAUGAGCACGAGUCCGAGAGAUACAAGGCCAUCAAGAUAUGUCUGGACAGAAAUCCCGAGGCGUUCAGACCAAAGAUUGGAAACGGGAAACUGGGAGAGAUCAAAGGACGCCACAACAAGGGCUGCAACUGCAAACGCUCAGGCUGUCUGAAGAACUACUGCGAGUGCUAUGAGGCCAAGAUAAUGUGCUCAUCCACCUGUAAGUGUGUGGGCUGCAGAAACUAUGAGGACAGUCCAGAGAGGAAGACCAUGGUGUGGGACAGCCCUGACACCACCUUCGCUGAUAGGUGUCCUCUGUCGUGCAUCACGCUCGACGUUGUGGAAGCCACAUGCGGCUGUCUUCUGGCGCAAGCAGAGGAGGCUGAGAAGGAAGGCUACACGCUGUGUCAAGCUGAGAAAAUGAUUUUGGAGGAGUUCGGCCAGUGUUUGACGCAGAUUGUUCGGUCAAUAUUUAAAUCUACUAGCUCGUAGAUAGAAUCUCAAGUAGGACAAGUUUAUAAAAAUGUUGGAUAUGGUCUGUUCUAGACAUGAUGACAUUUAAACUGCCAUUUUUUUUAUCAACAUGUUUAUUAACAAGAUGUUGUGAAUUGUGUAUGCGUAUGUAUUUAUUUGUUACAUAAUUGAUUUAUGCAUGUAUUUAUGCGUUAAUUUAUUUAACUUAUUCACUCACUUUAGUUUUAGUCUCAGAAUGGAGGACAGUUCCAUCAGCUUUGGGUCAUAUGUCAUUGGUUUGAAAUAUGAAUAAAAAAAAUAGUUAUUGUGAACAAUUCUUUCCAUCUCUUUCAUCCUUUCUUUUUAAGCUGCAGAAAGAACGUUUAAUUUUAUGCAAAUGUCCCUGUUGAGUCUCUGUUAAAAUACAACAUCCAAAUGUACUGAUGAGCAUUCUGUGAAAAUAAAAUAUUCAA